ACAGGUGAAGAAUGUCGAUCCAUUGUUUUCAAAGAAAAAAUACGGGACAAAGUCUUGGAGGGGUACUUAAUCAGGCUUGUAGAGGUACCCCACCAAGGGAACUGUAAAAUGCUGUGCUAUACGGAGCCCAAUUGUAUGUCCAUAAAUUUGGGGCCUUCGCAAGGAGGCAACUACAUUUGUGAGUUAAACAAUGCUUCGGACGAAAGUCCAGGGUCAUCCGUCCUUCAGAGUAAACAAGAUUAUUCCCAUUUCAGCAUCGAGGUACAGUGACUUAUUUCAGACUGCGGACAAUUACUGUGCGUGAUAAUUUUGUCGGAUUACUUUUAAACUAGCCUUCCAACCCUUGAAUUGAAUUAAGGUGAUUCCUUAGUAUUGCACCGCGCAUCACAAGAAACGUUUUGACCCGAUUUCGUGUGAGAUUGAGUGAUUUUUCCAUAGAUUAUAUGUUACAUUGUUCCAUACGUCCUAUCGACUCUCUGCCUAUUGCUCGAGAGUCUCUUUUAAACGUUCAUUUAAAAACUACCGCAAAAACCGAUGAAAUAAAUCGUGUGAUUAGUACCAAUACGGUAAUGAAUGGGGUGACAUUGGCCCAUCAUAUCUCUUUGGUGACCUAUCUUUCGUAUGUCAGUUCUCGAAACAGAGAUUGGUGAUGAACACCGAAGGAAAAUUAGGAAUCACCUGAGCAAGGGAGAAUACCUAAGCUAAGGUACACUAGUGGUGUUAUCUGUACAAUGUUGAAAAAAAAGAAAAUCAAAGUACCAGUGGCUAAAAAUAAUUGAAGCCAUUCUAAAUAAAUCAACCACUGAUAUUUCAAAAGUCCUGAAGAAGUUAUUCCUCCAGCAAGACCGUGUUCCUUUGAGGAUGAGUAAUACCUAACCAUGGAUAUUUAUAAUACGCAGUCAUUUCGUCUUGAACAGAAUCCUUGUAGUAACAGUCCCUGUUUCAACAAUGGCACAUGUCAAGCUGGAUACACUGAUAAAGGAUUUCGUUGUAAAUGUCCUUCAGGAUUUACUGGUGUAUACUGCAGGAAAGGUAAUUAAACACAAAACUGUGAAGUGAACUCAAUACCCAUGAGAAUCAUAGAGUGAUCAGAAGGAUGGAAAUUUCCGGACUUUUUUUUUCCUUUAUGUAGCCUGCAGUUUUGACUUUGAAGAUGGAAUCGGCGAAUGGGAAAUGACAGGCAGAGCUUUCAUUCAUCAACCAACAUUUGGUGACAAUCCAGCAGCUCGCAAAAGAGAAAGCGCCCAGCAACAAGGGGACUGGUGGAUAGGGGGGGCUGAGAAUCGACCCAGCGAGAACGAUGAUCCGGGAGGACAGCACCCAGAUGGGGCCGAUCCACCCCAGGGAACGCUCAUUUCUCCUUGUUUCCGUAUCGUUGGCAAAGAUAUCUCGUUUCUCAUCGGUGGAGGAUGUACCAUAAGUGAUAUUCGUGCGGAGCUUAUUGUCAACAAUCAGGUGAGAUUAUUCACUUUGACCAUCAUGUUUCAUUUGAUUAUUUUGAAACAACCUGGGUAGAUUUAUCAAAGCAUCAGAGAUUUGAUCUUUCAAAACUGCGAAACCAUUUUGAGCUUCGUGAUAUCCAUGAGAUUCGUUUAGGUUUACAGUAAGCUAUUUAGAAGGAAAAAAAUAUAGUUAAAAAAGGAAAGCCAAACAUUUUCGACAUUAGAUCAUCAUCAGGAUAAAUAAUGGUGUCCCUGAAAAUGAUAAUGUUGAAAACGUUCAGUUUUUACUUUUCAAAUAUAUUUUUGCCCUAUAAAUAGCUCAUUUUUAAUUUCCUUAAGAGAACUCGCGUCUGGCGCACUUUAUUUGAACAUUGUAAUCAGCACAUUCAGUGCGGUAAUGUCUUGAUUUCAAGUAGAAAGAGGUUGCUCUUUAUUUGAAUUGAUGUAUGAUACAGUCAUGAUAGAUAUGUCAGCAUUGAUCGAAACAAAGGUUUAUAACUGUUUGCUUUGUUUCUUGUUACAUGCAGGUUGUCAGAAAUGAGACAGGCAACUGUUACGAGACAAUGUACCGUAAGAGCUGGGAUGUAAAAGAAUUCAUCGGUCAAUAUGCCCAAGUCAGACUAGUUGAUGAGAGAUCUGGUGGCUGGGGUCACAUUAACUUUGAUGACCUUAGAGGAGAUAUCGUUUGUCCUCCCUACUUAGAUGAAGACAACUGA